AUGAACCAGACCGAAAACGUCCCUUUUUACGCGGGGAUCCCGUUUCUUGUCAUUGGAUUGAUUGGAAAUCUUUUGGUCAUACGAAUUGUGCAUAAGAUACCAGAAAUGCACACCCGGACAAAUUAUCUUCUGGUGAGUAUGGCUGUUAGUGACGUCGUCACCAUAUUGCUGUGGCCACUUUACUACUUCGAAUUUGCAAAGUUCGUUUGCAAGUUUGUUGCUCUUGCGGAAGUCGGCAUCAUGGUUUCCUCCAAUACCCUUACUGUGCUGGCGGUGGAAAGAUACCACGCGAUUCUGAAGCCAUUCAAAACAGGACUGCGGUUAAAUAAAGAUAACAUCAAGUUGGCAAUCAUUUGUAUUUGGAUCGCAAGUUUCGUUAUAUUUUUUUCGGAAUUCUUUCUAAAAGAGUGGAGCGAGACAAACUCCACAUGUAUCGGUCCCUCGACCGUACAGAUGAAUGAGGCAAGCAAAAUUUAUGUCGCCAUAAAUCUCACCAUAACCUUUAUUCAAAUGGUGGUUAUGUUUUUCUGCUAUGGGUGCGUGAUUAAGGGACUUUACUUUAGUACCGUAGUGUACCCAGAAACCGACAGAGAGACAAUAUCAGAGAAAAAGAAACUUGUCAUAACUCUAACCUUGGCCACUACGGGAUUUGUAGUGGGUUACACGCCAUAUCUGUUAUAUUUUGGGGCAUUUCUAUUAACAGGAAGUGAUAGAACCGAAGACUUUCUAGACGUAGCGAAUUUUUUUUUCGUGUCCUGUUUAAGUUUAAACCCUAUUAUUUAUGCAUUUCGUGGUAGAAAAUUUCGGGAAGGGCUUAAAAGAAUGUUGUUAUGCUGGAAACCUACAAGACAGAACGAUGCUUUUGAACUGAAUAACUAA